AUGGAGCAGAAGAUCCGAGAAGAUAAAGCAAGGCUUAAUCUUAAGUUGCUAGAAGAACAGUUACAAAUUGGAGAAGACCUAGCUGUAGCUGAAGCGGCAGAAAGAGUUUUAGAAAAUAUAGAAAUAAGGGAUGUUGUGUCUCGACACUCAGCAAGUUACCAGCCUCAGCCUAAAGGAGAAGAUAGGUUGCCUAGAAGCAGAGGGUUUUGUGAACCCAAGAAACAGGAUAGAAUUGUAGAAAGAGAAGCCCUUAAACCAGUUAGACAGUCAGAAGAACCUGUGAACAAGAGAUGGUGUUCUAAGGCAACAGAAAUGAAGAGUAAAGAAAAAUCUGUUCGGUUUUCUCAUUUGGUGGACUUCAUAAGAAACGAAUCCAUGAAAGCAAAUGAUGCUAUAUUUGGCAAAGAGGCUAUAAUGAAAUUGGCAGAAAAAAAGAAGCCAGUAGAUAAGAAGAAACAUGUGACAGCUUCUUAUAAUAGAAAUAAAGCAAGUUAUGCAACAGAUCUGAAAUCAAAAGAAGACAGACUUAAGAAGAAAUCUGUUGCUCCUGUUUCAAGAACUAAUGACAGAAUGGUGGUUAUGAAAGAUGGGUAA